AUGCUUGUCUGUGGGGUGGGUGGAUUUUCGUCGUCCCACCUUCUUCGUCCGCAGCCGGUGGUGCUCCAAGACCCCGCGCGUCGUUUUCGGGGCGCUGGGGGGCGGGGGUUUUCAGCGUUUCAGCGAGCGCCUGCGGGUUUUCCGCCAAAGCGAAUGGCGCUCACGUUGAGGCAGAGCUUGGUGCUCUAUGGACUCUUCAUGGCUUUGGCGGUGGCUGGUGUGGUCUACUUUGUUCGGACUGCACCACCCUUGCCAGAGGCCCAGUGCGCGGAGAUCGUGACGCCCAUGGACGUGGUUCGGGGGCGCUUGGUCAAAGAGCCGCAGAAGUCCAUCGUGAAUCUCUGGAACUGUCUCAGAGAGUACAAGAAGGAUCAUUGGUGGCACACCACUGCCGGGCUUUGGGGCAUCUAUGUGAUCUUCAAGAUCUUUGGCCCCUUUGGGGCCGGGACGUCGAUGGUCCUGUCCGUGCUCAUCGGCGCCUUGUACGACGAGUGGGCCGAGCCCAACACGCACUAUUCCCUCCUGGCGCACUUCUUGGGUGUCAGCGGUGAGGUGUGUGGUGGAGCUGGUGGAUGGAUCAUGUCCUACUGCAUUGGCCGGGAGAUCUUGCUACACUUUGCUGCGGAGAAGAUGGCCACGUUGCAGAAGGAGAUGGAGAAGUUCAAGGAUUCGAUGCACCUGAGCUAUGUGGCAACGGAGGACCGGGUGGAACCAGGUUCCGCUACAUGCUCUUCCUGCGCGUGUCGCCGCUCUUCCCCAAUUGGUUCGUGA